GAUGGUGAUUAUGAUAGUGGUGGUGAACAUAACGGAAAUGAGGAUGAUGACGAUGUUGGCAAUUCAUAAAUUAGCACCAUCACUAUUAUAUUGAUUUCAUUUAUGACGAUAUUGAUAUCAACACAAUAUAUAAGAUGAAUCUGCAAACUAUCAAAGCUAGACAUUAAUUCCAAAUGAAAUGCUUUCCCUCUUGCAGACCAAAUGCGAGCACUACUGGCCAACUGGACAAAAGCCCCAUCUGCAUGGCAACGUGACGGUCACCCUUGUUGGUAGUAAGCAGACCGAGCACUUCAUUCAGCGCACUCUACUCAUAGGAAAGGGUACAGAACUCACCGUGACCCACUACCAAUACCUCGCCUGGACCGACCAUGGCGUGCCCGCGUCCACUGCCCCUCUCGUCGCGCUACUCUAUCAGGUCAAGAUGACUAGCCAGGAAGAUGGGGCACUGACCGGUCCGAUCAUCGUUCACUGCAGUGCUGGUAUCGGAAGGACAGGAACAUUCAUCGCUGCUGAUAUGUUAAUGAAUGCCAUACAACGAUCCACUGCUACAGACUACAUCGACAUCGCUGGUACUGUAGCGAAGCUCAGAGAGCAGAGAACCAGCCUAGUUCAAACACUGUACCAAUACAUUUAUCUUCAUCGUAUCAUGCUUUCCUUGAUCGAGGAGUGAUAAGGAUCAUAUUCCAGAAUGGGUUUCUUCUACACACAGAUGAGAUCCACAUAUGACGCGGUAUACCACCUUGUAUAAACUGCUGCGGUGUCCUUACUUGUAAAUCAAUGUCAACUGCACGCAACAAAGGUCCUCUAUAUUUACUUACAUGUAACUUUAUUUUUUUUUUUUAAGGAGACGGUACCACAGUGCAUAUCUGAAUAGGGCUUUAGUUUAAAAAAAAAAAAUGUGUUAAUUUUGCUUAGUAUGAAAGAUUUGUACAAUAUGUAUUAGAUUUGAGAGAAGAAAAAAUAUGCACAUAAGAGAUACAGGGCUGCAAAGGCCUACGAUUGAUUGGAGGACUUGCGAUUAAUUUGGAUCAAUCGCAACUCUUCUUAGGAUGGGGCCUUGUAUGAAACUGUUUAGGUCUCUCAGGCAAACCUCCUAGCUUAUUAUGUGACGUGCGAACAAGAAAACUUGUAACAUAACAUUUAUCACUGUUCAGGGAAUCGUGUAAGAUUUUUAUUGAAUGGAGAAUAUUUUACUCGCGAGACUGAAUCAAUAUAUUUUAUAUGAUUUUUAAAAGAAGCAAAAAAAAUAGCAAAUAUACUCAGCAAGCUACAUAUCGCAUAUGAGUUAAACAUGUAUAUCUCAUUGAUCCAUUUGCCAUUAGAAAUUGGUUCAUGUCUUUCAUAAAUAAUUAGUCUUCCAGUUUGAAUAUGCAAACAAAAAAUCUUGAUUUUGCAUGUACAUUUAUACAUUAAUCAUUGUUUAUCCAUAUAUUGAUAAGUGUUCUAUAUUAAUGUUUAUUGUACUUGCUAAAACAUAAAACCUUUAUAUUCAAGGGCUUCUAUAUAUCAGAGAUUACGUUAAGAAUAAUGUGUUUAUCAAUUCUAAUGUAUUCAUUGAGGAGACGUUGCAUACUUGCAUCAUUUUCCUUUGUUACUAGUACAUAGUACUAUAUUUUUCCAAGUCCUUAAUGAUUUCUAAUUUUUUACACCUACAAAAUGCAAUGAAAGUUAUUAUUUUUUUGAACUUAUCAUCAUCAUUUAUCCACUUGUAAUUGUUCAUAUUAUGUAUGUUAUAAGUCUCUAUUUUAAGUAUCACAUGUAAUAUGUCACAUGUAAUAUCAAUUGGUGAAGGGUGAUACCUGUAUCAUAUAUCUGUAAAGCGCUUUUAUAGGCACAUCGUUGGAUCGGUGUAUUGAGCGCUAUAUAAAAAAACGGAUUAUUAUUAUUAUUAUAUAAUUUUCUGUAGUGAUGAAAAGUUAUAAGGUUAUGGGUUAUAUAACAUAUCAUAUCAAAGAGAAUAACAUGUUUUUUGUAUAAAAUAUCUUUUUGUAUAAUAUACAUGAUAAAUUUUAGCUUAUUUCUUUUCUUAUAUUGUGAUGACCAACCAAUGCCUAAGUUGUAACGAAUUAUAUCUGUAUGUUUAGUUUUUGGUAAUGUCUUUUAUGUUUUCACAUAUAUUUCUAAUGACACUUUUCGAAUUGUAAUACGUGUAAAUAAAAAGGGAACUUGAGAUAGGCUUGACGCUUUAAUUACACAUAUAUUUGGUGUUAUCAAAACAUCAAACCUAUCUCAAGUUCCCUUUUACUCGUAUUGAGUAUCUGAGGAACAAACACUUUAACAAGCUCUGCUUCAUGUUAGUUCCUCUUUUCUUGUGCUUUUUCUAUCAUAUUUUUUGUUUCAUUGCACAUUUGUUGUGAUAUAAUUAUUCUUGUACUAUUUUUUGCAUAAUAAAUAAAAUCAUUUGAAGAAAAAAAAAAAUUAAAAAAUAGAUGUGUAAUAUCAGUAUAUCACUUCGUUGGGAGAUAUAUUAUGCUCUUAAAGUGCAUUAUAACUUACUAUAUUCUCGGGACCACAUUGCAUAUUGAUAUUAGAAGUACUUAAAAUAAUAUUUGAAUGUCAUUUAUACUCGGCUAUUUUCAUAAUCUUUUUACGUGAGAUUCUUUUUUGCUGUAAUGCAAUGAUAAGUUACAGGGGCAGAUUUAAGGGGUAGUACUAUUUUUUAUUUUUCCACAUUGAAGCAAAUAUGUCAAGUUACAUGUAAGUGUUAAGUCCCAAUGUCAUUAAUUUGUAGCAAGCAUUUUCUAUUACAUAUACGUUCAUGUAUGGUUAGUCUUUCUGUAAAUGAUUAAAUACAUCUUAUCAAAUAGAAUGACAUGUUCUUCCUAUAAACUAUCUUUUUUAUAUCCUUUUGUAUUAAAUACAUGAUGAAUUUUAGCUUAUUUCUGUUCUUAUAUUGUGAUGACCGACCAAUGCUUUAGUUUUAAUGAAGUUGAUAUGUAUGUUUAGUUUUUGGUAAUGCCUUAUAAUGCUUUCACAUACAUUUCUGAUGACACUUUUCGCUUUUUCAAUAUGUGUAAAUAAAAGGGGAACUUGAGAUAGGCUUGACGCUUUAAUAACACCAAAUAGAUGUGUUUAAACCAGUAUAUCAGUUCGUUGGGAGAUAUAUUAUGCUCUUAAAGUGCCUUAUAACUUGCUACUUCUUUCAAAAUAUAUUCUCGGGACAACAUUGCAUAUUGGAAUUAUAAGUACUUAAAUGUAUAAUUUGAAUGUCAUUUAUACUCGUCUAUUUUCAUAAUCUUUUUAUAUACAUAGUCACGGGAGAUUCUUUUUUUGCUGUAAUGCAAUGAUAAGUUACAGGGGCAUAUUUAAGGGGUAGUACUAUUUUUAAUUUUUCAAUAUUGAAGCAAAUAUGUUAAGCUACAUGUAUGUGUUAAAUCCCAAUGUCAUUCAUUUGUAGCAACAAUGUUCUAUUGCAUAUACGUACAUGUAUGGUUAGUCUUUCUGUAAAUGAUUAAACAUAUCUUAUCAAAUAGAAUAUCAUGUUUUUUGUAUAAACUAUCUUUUUAUAUCCUUUUUGUAUAGUAUACAUGAUGAAUUUCAACUCAUUUAUUUACUUAUAUUGUGAUGACCAACCAAUGCUUUAGUUUUUACGAAGUGUAUCAGUAAGUUUAGUUUUUGUUAUAGUCUUAUAAUGCUUUCACAUAUAUUUUUGAUGACACUUUUCAGUACGUGUAAAAGGGAACUUGAGAUAGGCUGGAUGCUUUAAAAACAUCAAAUACAUGUGUGAUACCAGUUUAUCACUUCGUUUACUACUUCUUUCAAAAUAUAUUCUCGGGACCACAUUGCAUAUUGAUAUUAGAAGUACGUAAUGUAUAAUUUGAACGUCAUUUAUACUGAUUCUUUUUUCAUAAUAUUUGUAUAUUCAUAUUUAUGGGAUGUUAAUUUUGCCGUAAUGCAAUGAUAAGUAACAGGACAGAUUCAAGGGGUAGUGCGAUUUUCAAAUUUUCAAUAUUGAAGGAAAUAUCUUUAGCUUCAUGUAUGUGUUAAGUUCCAAUGUCAUUCAGUUGUAGCAAAAAUGUUUUGUCACAUUAUACGUACAUGUAUGGUUAGUUUUUCUGUAAAUGAUAAAAUAUAUCUUAUCAAAUAGAAUGACAUGUUUUGGGUAUAAACUAUCUUUUUGUAUCCUUUUUGGAUAAUAUACAUGAUGAAUUUCAACUCAUUUAUUUACUUAUAUUGUGAUGACCAACCAAUGCUUUAGUUUUUACGAAGUGUAUCAGUAAGUUUAGUUUUUGGUAAUGUCUUAUAAUGGUUUCACAUAUAUUUCUGAUGACACUUUUCGCCUUUUCAAUAUGUGUAAAAGGGAACUUUAGAUGGGUUUGAUGCUUCGAUAACAUCAAAUACAUGUGUGAUACCAGUUUAUCACUUCGUUUACUACUUCUUUCAAAAUAUAUACUCGGGAUCACAUUGCAUAUUGAUAUUAGAAGUACUUAAUGCCUUAGUUUUAAUGAAGUAUAUCUGUAUGUUUUUUGUUGGUAAGGUCUUAUAAUGCUUUCACAUACAUUUCUGAUGCUCCUCCUCUUUUCAAUUCGUGUAAAAGGGAACUUUAGAUAGGUUUGAUGCUUCGAUAACACCAAAUAUAUGUGUGAUACCAGUAUAUCACUUCGUUGCUCUUACAGUGCAUUAUAACUUACUACUUCUUUCAAAAUAUAUUCUCGGGACCAAGUUGCAUAUUGAUAUUAGACGUAGUUAAUGUAUAAUUUGAAUGUCAUUUAUACUCAUCUUUUUUCAUAAUCUUUUUAGAUUCAUAUUUAUGGGAUAUUCUUUUUGCUGCAAUGCAAUGCUAAGUAACACAGGCAGAUUCAAGGUAUAACCUCGCUAGUCGUAAAGACCGCUAUUCAUACAACGGAAACGGGGUCUCUUUUGAUAAAGGCAUAAGGACCGCUACUAAAAAUGUGAGAUGAGGGUCGCUAUUCAUAAUUCAGAUUGACGGUCACUACUCAUAAGGACCGCUAUUGAUGUUUAAAACGAUUAACGUACAUGUAUAAUACGUCUCGAAUUAUGAAUAGCGGCCCUCUUCUCUUAUUAUGAAUAGCGACCCCUUUGAAUAACCACCUCACUUUUGGCUCAUUACUAGCGACCCUCUCGUCAUGUUAUGAAUAGCGACCCUCUUCUUCGAUUAUGAAUAGUGGUCCUUAUAAAUAAUGGUCCUUAUGAAGAGUAGUGUUUAUGGAUAGCGGUUCUUAAGAAUAGCGGUCUUUGUUAAAGGAAUGUUGCUUUAAUCUGUAUAAACCGAAUAAAUGCUGGGUGUAUAUCUAACUUCUCA